AUGGGUAAACACAUCCCUUUGCGCGGUCUCCUCGCUGCCGCCUUGGUGGCACUGGAGACCCGAACAGUAACGGCUAUUCCUUUCAACGGACAACCUCGUGCUGUUACAAAGCCCGCAAUCAGUGGAUAUACCUACCAAGGAUGCUAUGUCGAGCCCCCGAAUGGCCGAGCACUUGAGGCCGUCACCGGUGAUGACCAGAUGACCCUUGAGAUGUGUGCCGGCAUCUGCUCAACCUCGAACAAGGUGUACUUCGGUGUGGAAUACGGAAGAGAGUGCUGGUGUGGAAACCAACUAGCUACGGGUGCUACCAUUGCAGCAGACGAUUCUGAGUGUUCCUUUCCCUGCCCUGGAAACACCGCCGGCGGCGAGACUUGCGGAGCCGGUGAUAGACUCAACCUCUACAAGAACGACAACGCAGUGGUUCCUGCCGGCCCUUCUGCCAAGGCGAAUGCUGGCAACUACGUCUCCGCGGGCUGCUACAGUGACCUCGUGCAAGGACAACGCGCCUUGUCAAGAUGGCGUGCCGACGAUGCCAUGACACCAGAAAUGUGUGCGACCUUCUGUGCCGGUAGUGCAUACAUGGGCCUGGAGUUUGCAAGGGAAUGUUGGUGUGGCGACGCCCUCGACACGCUCAGUCAACGUGUGCCCGAUCAGACGAGUUGCAACAUGGCUUGCGCAGGAGAAGCAACCAGUCUCUGCGGUGGCCCCGGACGCCUGAACAUGUACACUCUGAACGCUGCCUCCGUGGUCUCGGUGACGAGCUCAGCUUCAGCCAGCGCAGCCACCACGACCGCCGACCGAGUGGGAGACUUUGUCCAUCUCGGAUGCUGGACCGAUGAGCGUGUGAACGGCAGAACCUUCCCCGAUACCUUCGCUUCUGAUGAUAUGACCAUCGAGAAGUGCGCAGCUUGGGCUACCUCGAAGGGCUACCAAAACUUUGGUGUCGAGUACUCGCGCGAGUGCUGGGCUGGCAACGCUGUGAACCCGGCUUCUACUUCCGCCGAUGCUUCAGGCUGCAACAUGAAGUGCAUGGGCGAUACCAGUGAGAGAUGCGGAGGUCCCGAUCGACUGGACCUCUACAGCUUCAGCCCAGUCACCCUUUUCAUCGACAUCAACCACAGAUGCGUCACCUACGCCUUCAACUUCUCCAUCUACCUCAGCUACCUCUCCAAGCUCGGAUUCUGGAGUCAUCUCCUCGGACUCUGGAGUCAUCUCGCCAACAUCGACCGUAGAUGCAUCUUCUACGUCUUCAACUCCUCCGUCUGCCGCUCCGUCUGUCGUAGCUUCAUCUUCGAGCUCGGAUUUUGGAGUUGUCUCAUCAACUUCAACCUCAUCGGAUCUUUCAUCUACGUCUUCCAACACUGUCCCCGCCUCUGCCAGCCCUACGUCGACUUCAUCCGAUGUGGUAUCAGUGGCAUCAACCGCAGGCGCAUCAUCUGCGUCAUCUGA